CACUAUAACCAAAGCUACGGGGUUGUGGGGCCGAGCGGCCCAAGCCCAGACCAACAUCAACGUCAAAGCAACGCAGCAAAACCAUCCAACUUAUUCCCAACGCCUCUAAUCGCCAAAGAACCCAAAAUCUGCACACAAUAUAAUCUACAUGAUGGCGGCUUCAGAGAAAAGACAAGAUCUUAUCGCCAUCGCUACGGACCUUUCCGGCGUGCCUAUGGACGGCACAAAUGCCGUAUUUUGACAGCGGAUUACAACCAGCUUGAUCCGCGGACAGUUUCAUAUGAAAAAAUAUCAGAUAUUCGCUUUGAGCUUUUGAAGAAGCUUGUCGGGCGGGUAGGCGAAGGGACUUUCAUUGAGCCUCCCUUCCGACCGGAUUAUGGCUGCAAUAUCUCUAUUGGCAGGGAUUGCUUUUUGAAUUGGAAUGUGACAAUUCUCGACACGUCCCUUGUUAUCAUUGGGGAUCGGGUCCAGAUGGGUCCUAAUGUUGGGAUUUAUACUGCAGGUCAUGAAACAAGUGUCUUGUCUCGUCGGAAGUUUGUUGAGUUUGGACACUGUGUUAAGAUAGGAGAUGAUUGUUGGAUUGGUGGGAGUGUGGUUAUCCUGCCUGGCGUCACUAUCGGCGAGGGAUGUACCAUUGGAGCAGGUUCGGUUGUGACCAAGGACAUUCCACCUUUUUCUGUGGCAGUCGGAAGUCCAUGUCGAGUCAGGAAGACUAUUCAAUCUGCUGAAGAGGAGGAGAACGACCCUCAGAACCCCUAUCGAGCAAUGGUAAGAGAGCUAUGA